AAAAGAGAAACUUUAUUGCACUGAUUGAACUUGAGCUAAGUCAAACAAACGAGUUAUUAUUAUAGAAAGGUCUGGAACAUGGUAUUUACUGAAGGUUUUCAGUUAAAAGUGUAAUUCAUUUCUACUGUGUCAGGCCUUUAGGUCCCAUGGAUUGGAUAGUCAUUUUAGUGAUGUGCGAUCUGCUCUGUAAUUCCUGCAUACUUGGUUAUCACCAAGUGGUCACGUUUUCUGCAAUUCCUUGCGAUGCAGUGGGAGCAGUGAAUGCAGCUGACCUUGCAAUUCAACACGUCAAUGACGUUCGACGAGAGGGAUACAAGUACAGCCUGAACAAGAUCAUAAAUGCCCAGGAAAAGCAGGAUCAAUAUGAGUUCAUUUAUUAUUUGGUGUUUGAAGUCUUCGAAACCAGAUGUCACGUCACGAAUCCCAAACCAUUGAAAAGCUGUGAAGUUGAAUCAUUUCCCAUGAUGAAAGCAUUUGGCGAAUGUAAAAUCAUCAUUCGUACCUCAAAAGGCUUCCUGCACAUGAAGGAUUAUCAGUGUUCUAAAUACCCAGCUUCGGCUGGAAAUCCAUGCCCAGGAUGCUUCUACACAUUUAAACCAUUAAAGAGUGGAGAUGUGGAUCAUGCUGUUAAUAUUGCUAUUCAAAAAUAUAACAGAGAGAGCAAAGAUACAAGCUACUUUUCUAUUUAUAAUAUCACAAAGAUUUUAACAAAGGCAUCUAGCCAGAUGACAUUUGUGGAAUUCAUUAUCCAAGAAACUAAUUGCCUCAAAGAUGAUUUCACAGUAGUACUUUCAGCUUGUGUUCCAAAGCCCCAUGAAUUUGCACAUUUGGGUUACUGCACCGUGUCCUUCGAAUCAGUGGCUCCUGUCCUUGAUGUGUCUGAAGUGACUUGUGACAUUUAUGCAACAAAGGGUGUAACAGUCGAGGGAUUAAGUGGGCACAACAAGCCACUUGAGGACAACUAUGAAGAUGAAAAACAGAUAUUCACACCCAAAUACAAGAGAUCGGUUUUUAGAUCCAAACAUCAGAGGAUGAAGCAAUCAAUAAUGAGGAAACAGUCCAGGAGGAAAGAGUCAUCUUCUUCAGAAUCAUCAGAGGAACAACAUUUGCACAGUCAUCAUGAACCUUUCAAACUGCCAACUACUCGUUAUCCCAAUUUUCCAAACCUCUCCCCACAUGCACUCACCUGUCCCAGUCAACCCAGAUAUAUACUUAUGAAAAGCUGAAUAAGUAAAGAAAGAGAGUAAGUCAAGCUCACUCCUCCAUUCCCUGCAACCUCACAGAGCAGAAGCUCUUUCUUUUUGAUUUGGAUGCAAGCUUCAUAUGAUUUUCAGUCCAGUUGGAAAAUUAGUUCCUCCCCAUUUUUUCAAGUGUGAGCUUGUUAAUUUAUGCAUUUAAUUUUGCCUAUUUACAGAAUUCUAAUAUACCAAGUAACCUGAACUUCAUUUUCUUAAAUAUCUUUUUAACUACAAAUUUUGUGGCAAAGCAUUGGCUGUUUGCAUAUAUGAGCAUCUUUUCCCAAAGGACCGCUUGAAAUAAAAUAUGAUGUACUAGAUCCAUUCCUUCUUAGUUUCAUUCCACUUUCAAUUAUUCAAGACAGGUUAUCUGUAAUUAACACAUCUUUACUACCCCCUCUCAGCCAGCACCAAUACUUCUUGUGUCAUUCAGUCUCCCUUGGUCUCCACCCAAACUUAAAAAUUCAUUUUAUUUUCUGUAUUCUUCUCUGCAAUUUAAAACAUAUUUGUUUACUACCUUUGCCCAACUUUUUAAUAGUUUAAAAGAAAACUCUGAAAUAUUUACUGAGAACAAAAUUAGCAAAAACUAGGGGAAAAUGACAAGUCACCAUCAUUAUUACAUAUUGAAAAUUAAUCUUCCAAAGUGACUGGCAACUAUUAAACCAAUAGUUUGCAACCUGGGGUCCACUGAACUCUUGGUUAACGGUAGGGGUCCAUGGCAUAAAAAAAUAAGAUUGGGAACCCCCGUGUUAAAGUGACAGAGAUGUUUUGUAAUGUAACUGUUAGGGGAUUAAACGGGCAAGAGGAACUACUUGAGGACAACUAUCAAGAUGAAGGUAUUUGGUAAUUGUAUUAUUAUUGUCACAUGUACUGAGACGCAGUGAAAAGUUUUGUUCUGAAAGCCAUCCAGACAGAUCAUUGCAAAAAUAAAUACAAUGAUACAAAAUAAAAAAUUACAGAAUUUAGAAUAUAGUACUGCAGUUUCACUGUAUUGUAGAAAGUGCAGUGCAGGUAGACAAAUAAAAUGCAAUGACUAUGACAAGGUAGAUUGAGAGAUCAAGAGUUCCUCUUUGUUGUAUAAGAGAUCUGUCCAAGAACCUUAUAAUGGAAGUAUUAAGGCUCCUCUUGACCCUCAUGAUAAACAUUCACAAGUGAGAGAAUGAACAAGUGGAAGGAGUCUUUGAUUAACUUGUUUGCUUUCUCCAGGCAGCACAAAGUGUAGACAGAUACAGCAGGAGGGAGGAUGGCUUUCUUAUGAUAGACUGGGCUGUAUUCACAACAGCCUGCAACCUCUUGAGGUCUUGGGCAUAGCAGUUGACAUGCCAAGAUGUGAUGCUUUCUUUGUAAAUGUUAGAAAUAUAGAAACAUAGAAAACCUACAGCACAAUACAGGCCCUUCGGUCCACAAAGUUGUGCCGAACAUGUCCCUACCUCAGAAAUUACUAGGCUUACCCACAGCCCUCUAUUUUUCUAACCUCCAUGUACCUAUCCAAAAGUCUCUUAAAAGACCCUAUUGUAUCGGCCUCCACCACCAUUGCUGGCAGUCCAUUCCACGCACUCACCACUCUCUGAGUAAAAAACUUACCCCUGACAUCUCCCCUGUAUCUACUCCCCGGUACCUUAAACCUGUGUCCUCUUGUGGCAACCAUUUCAGCCCUGGGAAAAAGCCUUUGACUAUCCACAUGAUCAAUGCCUCUCAUCAUCUUAUACAACUCUAUCAGGUCACCUCUCAUCCACCGUCGCUCCAAGGAGAAAAGGUCGAGUUCGCUCAACCUGUUUUUCAUAAGGCAUGCUCCCCAAUCCAGGCAACAUCCUUGUAAAUCUCCUCUCCACCCUUUCUAUGGCUUCCACAUCCUUCCUGUAGUGAGGUGACCGGAACUGAGCACAGUACUCCAAGUGGGGUCUGACCAGGGACCUAUAUAGCUGCAACAUUACCUCUCGGCACCUAAAUUCAAUUGAAAGCUAAUACAUCGUAUGCCUUCUUAACCACAGAGUCAACCUGCGCAGCUGCUUUGAGCGUCCUAUGGACUCGGACCCCAAGAUCCCUCUGAUCCUCCACACUGCCAAGAGUCUUACCAUUAAUACUAUAUUCUGCCAUCAUAUUUGACCUACCAAAAUGAACCACUUCACACUUAUCUGGGUUGAACUCCAUCUGCCACUUCUCAGCCCAGUUUUGCAUCCUAUCAAUGUCCCACUGUAACCUCUGACAGCACUUCACACUAUCCACAACACCCCCAACCUUUGUGUCAUCAGCAAACUUACUGACCCAUCCCUCCACUUCCUCAUCCAGGUCAUUUAUAAAAAUUAUAAAGAGUAAGAGUCCCAGAACAGAUCGCUGAGGCACACUACUGGUCACCGACCUCCAUGCAGAAAAUGACCCAAAUACAACCACUCUUUGCCUCCUGUGGGCAAGUCAGUUCUGGAUCCACAAAGCUAUGUCCCCUUCUAUCCCAUGCCUCCUCACUUUCUCAAUAAGCCUUGCCUAGGGUACCUUAUCAAAUGUCUCACUGAAAUCCAUAUACACUACAUCUACUCCUCUUCCUUCAAUAUGUUUAGUUACAUCCUCAAAAAUUUCAAUCAGGCUCGUAAGGCACGACCUGCCCUUGACAAAGCCAUGCUGACUAUUCCUAAUCAUGUUAUACCUCUCCAAAUGUUCAUAAAUCCUGCCUCUCAGGAUCUUCUCCAUCAACUUACCAACCAUUGAAGUAAGACUCACAGGCCCAUAAUUUCCUGGGCUAUCUCUACUCCCUUUCUUGAAUUAAGGAACAACAUCCGCAACCCUCCAAUCCUCCGAAACCUCUCCCGUCCCCAAUGAUGAUGCAAAGAUCAUCGCCAGAGGCUCAGCAAUCUCCUCCCUCGCCUCCCACAGUAGCCUGGGGGUACAUCUCAUCUGGUCCCGGCGACUUAUCCAACUUGAUGCUUUCCAAAAAUGUUGGUGAGGGUUAUUGGGGAAUGCCAAAUUUCCUUACCUGACAGAUAUCAGAGAAUGAAAGGAUGGUUACAGUGCAGAGGUGGCCAACUGGACCAUUAUGUUCAAACUGGUUCUGACAUAAGAUCAAUCUGACUAGUUCCUCUUCCUCUUCCUCACUCCAUAAUCCAAAUUAUUAAUACAUAUUGAGAAAGGUAGAAACCUGGGGAAUACCAUUAUAUAAUUCACUCUAAUCUAAAAAAAAUCUCACUUCUAAUCUCUAGUUCUGUCACUUAACUUUCUAUCUAUUCUCUAAGGUCAGAUUCACUCUCCAUUUUUGAUCACUGGUCAGCCCCACCUCUCUCCUUAAAUAUUUCUUCUAUUCACAUGCCUAUAAAAUAUUUUUGGAUUCCUUUUGUGCUUGGCAUUCAUCAUUUCUCAAGCCUUCUCUUUGCUUUUUUGUUCCAGUUUUACUUCCUCUCUGACCUUUCUUUGACCAGCCUGAUCCUUUCUCACCAACAAUCAGACAGUUACCUUUUUAAUGCUAACAAUCUUUUUGGUCAUCCACAUAGCUCUGAGUUCAGUUUACCUACUCUUCUCCAAUCACUGAAAUGUAAAACGGCGAAAGCUGUUGUAUCUCCUUUAAAGGCCUUUGAUCAUUCAUCUUCCUGGCAAGACAUAAUAACCAGUUUGCAUGGCCUAGAUCUGUUUCUAUCUCUGAAAUUGGUCCUUCAAUAUUUUGUCAGAACUAUUCUAAACUUUAUGAUGUUUUUGUUGUUUCUGAUAUUACACUUUGUCCACCUGUCCUGGCCUAGGACCAGGUGCAGUAGUGCUGCCUUCCUCAUUAGACUUGAAACAAACCCACUCAAAAACGCAACACACAUCAAAGUUGCUGGUGAACGCAG